AAAGGGAUUUACAGAGCUUCAGCAAGAUACAAAGGAGGGAAAAGUCUACACAGAGAAAACUACCUUGCACUGAAUCAGGAUGUCUAGGCUUGCAGAGAGAACCCUUUUCGUUUUCUACAUUUCAACACAGAUUUGCUCCCAGAUCUUGGCGCUGGUGUGUCAGACCAGGUGCCUCUGUCCGCAGGAGCCUCCGCUGUGCGCCCCCGGGGUCCAGUUGAUUCUGGAUGACUGCGCAUGCUGUCUGGUCUGUGCGAGGCAGAAAGGAGAGGCGUGCUCGGAAAUAAGUCCCUGUGAUACUCACAGGGGUCUGAACUGCGACUACACGGCCGAUGUACACCAGAGGACAGGUGUCUGUGUCGCACGUGAGGGAGACAUCUGCCUGUUGGACGGUUCAGUGUACCAGAACGGAGAGACCUUCUUCCCCAGCUGCAAGUAUCAGUGCACCUGCAGGGACGGUCAGAUCGCCUGCGUGCCGCGCUGCAACCUGGACGUGAUGCUGCCGGGCCCAGACUGCCCUCUACCCAGGAAGGUGGCGGUCCCAGGGGAGUGCUGUGAGAAGUGGGUGUGUGAGCCCCAACCAGAGGCCAGUGCCUUGGGAAGCUUCGCCAUGGCUGCCUACAGACAGGAGGAGACAGUGGGGUUUGACUCGUGGGACCCCAGUACUAACUGCAUAGAGCAGACUACGGAGUGGGGCGCCUGCUCUCGCACCUGUGGCAUGAGCAUCUCCACCCGGGUCACCAACAAGAACCCCCGCUGUGAGAUGGUCAAGCAGACGCGUCUGUGCAUCGUCAGGCCCUGCGACAAACAGCAGCAGGAUGUUCCUAAGAGAGGAAGCAAGUGCCUGAGGAUGAAGAAGGCGGUGAAACCCGUCCGGUUCAGCUAUAAGAACUGCACCAGCGUGCUGACCUACAAGCCCCGGUACUGUGGUGUGUGUACGGACGGGCGUUGCUGCACCCCCCACAGCACCGAGACAGUGCAGGUAGAGUUCCAAUGUGCUCAGGCUGAAGCCAUCAGGAAACCCGUGAUGUUCAUGAACACCUGCGCCUGCCACUACCACUGUCCCAGAGAUUCUCACAGUCAGCACUUAGCUACCUUUACAGAAUAG